CCUUUAUUUCACCUCUCCAACAUUACAGACUUUUCUGUGAUCAGUGACAGUAGUUCGUCUUGUUUCAGUUUCCUGUCUUCUGUUGAACAUUUAAACAUGGACAUGAAGGCUGUGGUCGGACUCUUGCUGCUGCUGUUUCGAGCCGCUCAUGGUGUGUACUUUGUGUGUGACGGCAGAAAGGAUGGAGCUUACUGUUAUGGAGUUGUUGGAAGAACUGUGGACAUCCAGCUGUUGAACAACAUCUCAGGAAUAAACAACAUCCAGCUGGACAAGGGCAUCUCAGUAAUACGGUUAUUCAAAAUUGACGUGAAUAAUACUAAAUAUUAUUUUAAUCGCAGAAAUGGAACAUUUAGAAUCARCAACCUGAACGAGACUGACAGUGGUCCAUAUAAAGUUCAACUUUUUAAUUUAGAUGGAACACAAAAAGAAAAGCGAACUUUUCACUUAACCGUUGAAGGAUACUCCUCACCCUUAAGAGUUGGGACAUUCUCUGCACUGGCAGUUUUCAUUGUGUGCAUAAUAGUCAUCUGUGCUCUGAGGAAAAAACAAAGAAUAGUGAACUGA